UUUAUGUUUUCUGUUUAUUCCUAGAGCUUCCAGGGGAGACACUGAGACAUACUAAGAAGUCAUGAAGUUCGUCGUGGCUCUUAUCCUCCUGAUGCCGACCCUCACAGAUGGGGCUUGUAUAACAAGUUGCAACGGCUUGUCGACAACUGACGGCAAACGCUACCCCGACUGCAGCGACUGCGCCUACUACAUCCGAUGUGAACCUAGCGGCUUGCAGAGGAAGAUGUGUCCCACCUCGCUCGCCUUCAACUCAGUAGCAGGCAACUGCGACCAUCCGGCGAAUGCUGUUUGUGGGACCACAACGACAACUACAACAUCAACGACAACUACAACAUCGACGACAACAACUACAACAUCUACGACAACGACUUCGGGUCCAUUCUGUGUGUCUUCGUGUUUGGGACGUCCUGUUGGCAACGAACGUUACCCCCACUGCACGAGCUGCAGCAAGUAUGUCCAGUGUCUUGCGACGGGGAUAAAAGUGACGACAUGCCCGUCAGGUUUGCACCACAACGAUGCCAAAGACGACUGUGACACAGUCUCUAACGCCGCUUGCACAAUAACCUCGCCUACAACUGCUGCAACAUCAGCGACAACAAAACCAGCACUAGCGACUUCAUCGACAUUUUGUUUAAAAUCCUGUGUCGGUAUGAUGGUCAGCAACGAGCGCUACCCCUACUGCAGCGACUGCACCAAAUACAUUCAAUGUCUGUCCACUGGAGAAAAGGUUACAACGUGUCCAGCCGGGCUCCACCACAACGACAUCAUCGACGACUGUGAUCAACCAAGCACAGCCAAUUGCCAGUCGGACUCAGCAGGCACUUCCGGUACUUCCGGCGCAACCGGAAACUGCGUGGCCACCUGUAGCAACAUUGCCGACGGCAACUACCAGGACUGCACCGACUGCUACAAGUACGUUGCCUGCUCUGGAGGGCUCAUGUACCUGAUGGACUGUGCUGCCACUCUUGUGUGGGACGACUCCAUGAAACGGUGUGAAGGCACGUCCUCUACCUGCACCGCCAUUGGUUAAUCAUUACCAUUUCAGAUCGUGCAUGUAGUGCUACAUCUGUGAGAAACUGCUUUUGUAUGUGAAAUGUUUGAGUAGAUGGUCUACCAAAUA